UUUGAAUUUUAUGCAAUGAUACAUGGCUAUGGGUGACCAGAACUUGAGAUGGACACUCGCUGAAUUUCAUACCAUGUGGUGGCAUUCUGAUUUCCUUGUGACCUUGACCAAGCUUUGAACAGUGCCCAACCCAAGUUCAAAGGCUGAUGAGAGAGAAAAUCUCAUGAGGAGGUUUUACUCUAGGGAAGUUGUUCAGUGGAUGGGAUCUUGGCGCACAGAGCAAGAUGUCAGGCUCUUUCUGGCUCCUUCUCAGCCUUGUUGCUGUAACGGCUGCUCAAUCCGCCACUGAGGAACGGGCCAAGACAUUUUUGCAGAAGUUUGACCGUGAAGCUGAAGACCUGUCUUAUCAAAGUUCACUUGCUUCUUGGAAUUAUAACACCAAUAUUACCGAUGAGAAUGUCCAAAAGAUGAAUGCAGCCGGGGCCAAAUGGUCUGCCUUUUAUGAAGAACAAUCCAGGAUUGCCAAAACUUAUCCACUAGAAGAAAUUCAGAAUCUCACACUCAAGCGUCAAUUGCAGGUCCUUCAGCAGAGUGGGACCUCAGUGCUCUCAGCAGACAAGAGCAAACGAUUGAACGCAAUUCUAAGUACAAUGAGCACCAUCUACAGUAGUGGGAAAGUUUUGGACCCAAAUACACAGGAGUGCUUAGUACUUGAACCAGGUUUGGAUGACAUAAUGGAAAACAGCAAAGACUACAAUCGGAGACUCUGGGCUUGGGAAGGCUGGAGGGCUGAGGUCGGCAAGCAGCUGAGGCCAUUAUAUGAAGAGUAUGUGGUCCUGGAAAAUGAGAUGGCCAGAGCCAACAAUUAUGAGGACUAUGGGGACUAUUGGAGAGGGGAUUAUGAAGUGACGGGGGCAAGUGACUAUGACUACAGCCGCGACCAGUUGAUCACAGAUGUGGAACGUACCUUUGCAGAGAUUAAACCAUUAUAUGAACAACUUCACGCUUAUGUGAGGGCAAAGUUGAUGGAUGCCUACCCUUCCCGUAUCAGUCCGACUGGAUGCCUCCCUGCCCAUUUGCUUG